GGACCGGAUAGCAAACAAUGCAAUCUCAUAUUCGGGCUUAGAUUUGAGGUAAAAACCGGAUAAGAGACCCCCAACACCAAAAAUCAAGAUAGAAUUGGGACCGGACCGGGUCAAGACCGGACUGGAUCAAGACCGGACUGUAUCCAAUCCAAUCUUUGGUCCUUAUAUUCCCAAAAAGACCGGACUGGGACCGGAUCAAUUUGUUCCAAUUUAACCGGACCCGACCGUAUAGCCACCCCUACCGGUUAGGUACAAAAGAGCUAAGGUCAUGCAUGCACGUGUUUGAGGAUGUCAUGGAUGUGGUGACAAGUGACGCGUUUCUGGCAUGGCUCUUCAAAAAAUAACGUUACGCGAGCAUGCAUGAAUGCAUGCAACGUGGCAUUUUGAAACCUCUCCAAGGAUUUGCACAUGUAAAUUGCAUGUAUUAACUAGGGCUACUAGUUGAUCAGUACGACUAUUGUACCCAAAAGCAUGUCUAAUUAGUACCGGUUACCGCCACGCAUGAACGCCACAUCUCGUUUCCUUGUACACAAAGGAUAUAUUUGAUUGACUUUAGACUGAGGGCUUUUAGGGCUAAGUUCAAGUGUACGUUAGUUUAUUAUUAAUUUGUUCUUAUCAUCAUCAUGCAAACGUGUGUCAAGUGUUUACAGCCACGUGGACAUCUCUCUCGAAGAAGGGGGGAAAGUGGAAACUGUCGCCGGAGACAGGCAGGCAGCCGCGCCGACGAGGCGGCCAAAACUCUGUUCUAUCUCAACAUGUUAAUCAUGAUUCGAUUAAAAGAUCAUUAUUUUCAUAAAUUUUGCUCGAGUUAAUUACCAUAGAAACCCCAUAUGUCAAUUAUAUUCAAAACAACAUGAUAACUAUCAGUCUUUUUUGUUCACAAAUGAAGUGAUUGAUGUUAUAGAUUUGUGCAAUACAACUCGCUAACAGAUACGCUUUAACAUUUAUCGAUUUUCGUGAAUUUCGUAGCUUUGAUAUUCAGUUAGGUUAUUGUACAAUUUUGUGACACAUAAUUAAUUAUUAUUUAAAAAAAAACUCGAUUUGCCAAACCGGUAAAUCCACCCAUAAUUCGUUUUUAAAUUAUUGGUCUCAAUCGCUGCUGAUCUUCAUCGGGUAACCUUUACUUUCUUCCGGACCACUGAAUUCAUCAGUAGCCCGUGCCCGUAACCUAAUUGCAGUUAAUCCAUUGUCUUCCUCGACAAUGGUCGGCUAGGGAAAAAAAAAAGUUCAGAACUGAAGACCAAAACCUAGCUAUUAUCCCAUCGAUCUAAACAUAGAAAACACUAAACGACAGAGUUCAAACUUUCCAAAACUGAAAUGCGAAAACCACAACAGAAAGAGUACGUAAUAAUACCCAAGAAAAACUGAAGCAAGUAAUUACCAAAGCGUACAAUUUGCUUCUGUUUUGCGGCCUUGCUAAAAAAAAAAGCUAUAACAAAAGCUCGAGUUAGAAGCUGUAAAUCAUCAUCCAGACUCCAUAUUCGAUUGUAAGCCUCCUCUCGCCAAUCCCAUCCCAUCCCCUGUAAAUCAUCUGAUCCUCAUCAUGGGAGAGAUCACGACGACGCCGACGCCGCCUUCACCGUCGAGACAGCUUCACACCCUCCUCGGGAUGUCGUCGUCGAAAAGCCGGUCGUUUAAGGAACUCUGCAACUCCUACAAGUCGUUCCACAAGAGAUGCCAAAGCUCCACGUCAUCAUCCGCCAUUGACGAAACAAACCCGCCGCCUGAAACUCCAGAAACCAACGUCGACGCGUCCAAGGUGUAUAAUAUAAUUAACAUCCAGGCCGCAAACGAGCAAAACGACGUCGCGGAGAAGCCGCCCAACCAGCUGCUGGCGCCGAUCGUGCAAUCGCCACCGCCGGCCGGGGGUUCCAACAAGAAGGGGACGGAUCAGGGGGGAUUCUUCUUACGGCCGUUGGUCCUUCUCAAGAAGCUGAGCAGAAGGAGCAACAGUACUGCUUGUUCGCCGACGACGGGGAACAACAAUAUCAACGUUGUUAGCAGUAGCGAAACCCCAUGUUCGUCGUCGGCGAUGAGGAGAAGCGUUGCUCCGAUGGUGUUCACGCAGUCGAGGUCGCUCAACUAUCUCCCCACGAAGAAGGCUCCUCCCAUUGAGAUGGCGCUCGACUGCACCCUCGAGGAGCUGUUCCGCGGCCGGAUCAAAAGGGUCAAGAUCACUCGACACGUUGUCGACGCUAACGGGAUAUUCAUGCCGGAAGAAGAGACCCUGAAGAUAAAACUGAUGCCGGGGUGGAAGGCGGGGACGAAGAUCACCUUCGAAGGGAAAGGAGACGACCGGCUCGGGUUCCUCCCGCCGGACGUCGUGUUCGUGGUCAACGAGAAGCCGCACCAUCUGUUCAGCCGCGACGGCGACAACUUGGUCCACGAGAUGGAGGUGUCGCUGACGGACGCGCUCGCGGGUUGCACACUGUCGGUGCCGUUGAUCGGCCGGGAGAACAUGUGGCUGUCGUUCGCCGACGGCGAGGUCAUAUCUCCCGGCUACCAGAAGGUGAUUCGAGGGCAAGGCAUGCCGGUUCCCGGCGAGAAGGGGAGGAAAGGGGAUUUUCUCAUUAGGUUUUCGGUCAGUUUUCCGGCGGGUUUGAGCGAUGAACGGCGAUCGGAGGCUUGCCGGAUUUUGAGAGAUUGUUGCUAUAGUUAGUUUUGUAUUACAAUGUGUCUCUUGCUUGUGAAUUAUUCCCCAUCUUAAAACCUCAAAUUGUUUAUUUCUCUCAAGAUUUUUUAACCGAGAAAUGGCAAUAAUAAGUAAAAACAAUACACAACAAAACCUCAACCCUACAAAUCUCACCAACUCUAAUCAAAGUGUGAAAAACGGCAGCGAAAGAGGCUUUACUUGCCACUCUAUGAACAACCCAACUGAUAUCACGAGGGAUCGCCCUUUAAACUCUCCACCAAGAGGGACGCUCGAAGGCUAUUAGCACCCAAGGCAUCUGACAAGAAACCUUUAUAGAACUUACGAAUGAUCACCUAUGAAUCGCCUUCAAUCACCACUCCAUGAAUCUGGCGAUUCGCUGCAAUGAAAAGCUCUUCCCGCACAGCAAACAACUCGACAAGAAUAAGGGUCUCCUAAUUCGAGAUGAAAACUACUAAGGACUCUGUAGCCUAUAAAUUUACCUCUAUGCUUGCUCAAUUAAACAAGUGAAGGGAAGUCAGUUAUGGCUCAUUCUCAACAACUACCGCGAUCGAACAGAGUUUUUUUUUUUUUAAGGAACAUUUAGUGUUAUUAAAAAAAGAAACGAUUGACGACUUUUAAUAAAGACCAAAAUAUCAG